GAUAUCUCAAAAUUUCUGCCUGACAUAUCCUUUUAAUCUGUCUUGGCUGGGUCUCGUUCUAGGAUACUAACCGGGUGUGCGUGUGUUGUGUAUACAAUCGCAAUUGCCAGCGAUAGUUUUAAGAUCGUGAUUUUUCUUUAAAAUUUAUCGUUAUCAACGAACGGAUAGAAAGUGCCGACGAGCCUAUGGAAAACGCCAAACUUUUGCUGGUCUUUCCGAUUGGCCUUAUUGAACACUGUGCUGUGAAAGGUUUACCUUUACUGUACACGUGACGAUAUACGAAGCAGCUGUCAUCAUGGAUUCGACAAGUAUUAUGCCACGGCACAGAGUUGGCUAUUGGUUUAGUGAGAAGAAAAGCAAGAAAUUUAAUUUGGAAGAGUUUCACGGGAUUUGUGAUCAAGCUGGACUUGAGCUGGUCAAGAUUAAUUUUACUCUUCCAAUUGAAGAGCAAGGUCCAUUUUCUGCCAUUAUUCAUAAGAUGACUGAUGUUAUUGCACAAGCAGACCUUGGUGAUCCUGAAUGUCUUACUAUAGUUCAGUCUUUUGAACGCUUUAUUUGUGCCAACCCCAAAAUAAAAAUCAUUGAUCCAUUUGACAAUCUUCGCCAACUCCUUGACAGAUAUCAAACAUACAGCAAAAUUAACAACAGUGAUCUGCAUAAGGCUGGUGAAGUAUUUGUCCCUCCAUUUGUUGAUCUUGUUAGUUCUGAUGUUGACGAAAACAUCAGAAAACUAAGAGAAGCUGGAGUAAGAUAUCCAUUUGUAUGCAAACCUGCUGUUGCCCAUGGAUCCAAAAUGGCUCAUCAGAUGUCAAUAAUAUUUCACGAAGGAGCAGUCAAAGACUGCGAACCACCAUGUGUUGCUCAGACUUUUAUUCCCCACGAUGCCGUGCUUUUUAAAAUAUUUGUUAUAGGCAAGAAAUACUUUGUGGUCGAACGACCUUCUUUAAAGAACUUUAGCGCUGCCGAAAGACCUACUAUUUUUUUCGACAGCCACGAUGUAUCGAAACCUGAUUCCGUCUCCCUUCUGAGCGUCUUAGACGACGCCGAGAAAAGCGAUGUCCGUCCAACUACCAGCGGAGAGUUACUUGAUAAAGUGAUUUCUAUGCUGCGUUUCGCUCUAGAAAUGAACCUUUUCGGCGUUGACAUUGUCGUAGAAAAGAGCACUGGACAUUACGCCAUUAUCGAUAUCAAUGCAUUUCCAGGCUAUGAAGGCGUUCCAGACUUCUUCACUCACGUCACCGAAGUACUCAAGGAAAUAGUCGAGUCGAGUCCGGUGUCGUCCUCUUCAUCUUCUUCCGUUACCACCACCUCCUCCUCCUCCAGCGGUGUGGGAGAAGAGGACUCGGGCAUCGAUACUGGAGACUCUAGCGACGAGAAACGCCACCAGCAGAACAAUCAAGGCUCGCGGGUGAAACGGUCGUCGGCCCUUUUCAACUCCACCAGUGCUGCUACCAUCAGUUAGAUUUGGUUGGAGAUAAACAAACCCAAAGGGAAAACAACAACAAACGUAAAGGCGUAAUUAUUGCGCCUUUCCAUCGUGACGAUACAGGAGUACACAGCCUUGCCAUUGCGACAAUUUUUCAUCUCUUAUGUUUAUUUUUCUUUUGCUUUUGUAUACAUCUACACAAUUUAUAUAUAUAUAUUCUUCGAGUGUGUUUUCGGCUGUAGGACAAAACAGAAGUCGAAAGCCAUUUAGUCUGCAAAAUAUAAUCAGUUUCCAAGUUUUAUCCCAAACGUAUAUACACUACGAUGAUGAUCUAUCGAUUGAUAUAGAUGAGCUCCUAGGUGCCUUGUGUAUAUUAUAUUUUCCGUCUCAACUCCUCCUCCUGUUUCAUGAAUUGGAAAGAAGAAAAUGUGUGUCCAAAAGUACUAGUGGGGAAAUGUCCUAUUAAGUCGGGACGACGUCAUUGGCUUAUCUUUUUUUUAUCCCAUCCCUUCCACACACACACACUUGAUGUUCUUCCUGUUUCAACGGUAGCGUUUUCCAACAUCCAUGUCUAACCUUUUUUUAAAAUUAAAAACGAGGCAUUAUGUAUCCCACACAUCAAGUGCUGUUGAUUUUGUCAGAGGGUUGAUCGGUCAAGGCAUUUUUCUUCGCGAAAUUUGAAUAAUAAAGAAAGAAAAGAAAGUUA